AUGAAAUACAAAGUUGUUCUUUAUAGAUGUAAAGAUUUCAAAUUAUUAGUUACAAAUAAGAUAUACAGCUAUUCAGCGAUGAAAAAUGGACCAUAUAAAUCAUACGAUAAUGAGUUUUCUGACUUCAAAAGCCGAGUAAUUCUUCCUGCAUCGAAACAUUACUCAGUUAUCUUAAAAUGGCGCACCAAAUGCCUCCCAUUAUCCACAAUAGGCCAAUUCGAGAUUCCUUUUUCUUGCUACUUCAUUACAGACGAGAUAGAGAAAAUUCAAGAAUUUCCCGCGAUUAUCAAUACAGCAACAGUUCCAGGCAAUUGUACGUUCAAUGUUACUAAUACGCAGAUCACCUGUUCACCAGUAGUUACCUCCCAGAUCCUUCACAGCUUUUCAAAACUUGCUUCUUCGAUUUAUUUACUUUUAGGUUUUAUGACUCGAACAUUCUGCAAAUGCAGCAGUAUUGAAGAGCUGAGGAACCUUUUUGGCUGGGUUUCCCAUGCAAUUGACUGUCAAUCUUCAAUGUUUCUCAUAUUAACAGGCGACAGAGAGAAUAUUAUACAUAUCAAUGGAGACGAUGAUGAUCAAAAGGCUCUACGAUCAAUAAUACCUAACUUAUGUCCUCCUAAUGACCAGAUUUUCACUGAUUUUUCAGUUACAACAUUAAACGAUAAAAGAGUUUACGGUGGCGGUGUAAAAAUAGCCGAUUCUAUCGUCAUUACGGCUUAUUUACGUCAUUGUAACACCUCUGUAAUAAGAGGACCAGAAAGAGCCAUGACGCAGCUCCUGGCAUUGUUUUUCGGAGGCGCUGUUGCCAAAUUCAUAAGAUCUCCCGCAAGAAGGUUCGACGAAUACAAGGAAAAGCUGAUUCCGAACGAAUCUCCUGAUGAUAGGUUCAUUAUUAACUACGACAAGUUCAUUAUAUCGGAAAGUAUUGGUACUGUGUUCAAUGACGAUGGAUCCCCGCUAUUCUCACAGCAUUCUGAUCGCUCUUUACGCUUAAUCAGAUUAAUUCCAAAGGGAAUCCUCGAAAGAAGGAAGAGUUGCUUCCUGAAAGUAUCUCACUUGACGUACAUGAUAUCGUUCUUUGAACACGGUGGCUACAUUCUGCAGUUACAAAACGAAAAUGAUAAUAUUAAGUUUACUGCGAACUUUGGAAUGGAUUGCCUCAUAUGGGUCAUCGCACAGCGUCGUAAGGAAACCCUAUUUUCAUCCCUCGGUAUCGAUUUCUGGAAAUUUGUCGAAAAAUUAUCCAGUGGAGAUUCAAAGAACGUCGAAGCAGCAGUAACGCAUGUUCUCCAGUACAAAGACUCUUCACUUACCGCUGAAUUCCAUUACUGCGGAAGACAUUAUCAGGUAAAUGUGAGUUGUACAUGCGCGGAUUUGCUUCGUAUUGUAGCGUUAUCGACAGAUGAUAGGAGUAAGCGCGAACAAGAAGUCAGAGAUAUCGAGAAGAGUGUUUCCAUUGCAUUAUCAACCGGAAGAGUUUCAAUUUGGAGUUACGACGACACAGAGAACCCCGUAAGGGUAUACAGUCAAUGGCCAGACCCAAGAGCCACUUCCAUUGCAAACAGAUCAACAAUUAUGUUCAAUAUCCCUAUGGAAUACCAAGAAAAUGUUUUUUCGGCAUUCAAAACUUGCAUCGCCGAUAAAAAACCGUUUUCGAUCGAUGCUCCUGUAAUGAUGAAUACAGUCAGAUGGUUCUCAAUCCGAGGCAUUCGGAGUGGUCCAACGAGUAUUUUACUGUUAAUGAUCGAUAUCACAGCCACAAAGAAUGCAGAAGAGCAUUUGAGAAUAGAGAAAGCCAGAUUCGUUGACGCUGCAACUGCGAAAACAAGGUUUUUGGCAAACAUGUCACACGAGAUCCGAAAUCCUCUGAAUGGAAUGUCCGGAUUACUUGAACUACUGAUGUCAACUGAUGUAGUUCAGAAGUAUAGUGAUAACAUGGAGAUCCUUUCGGAUAGUUUUCAGUCUCUUCUUGAAUUAUUAAAUGAUAUUUUGGAUUUGGCCAAAAUUGAACAGAACCAGAUGCAUCCUUCGUUCACAGACUUCGAUCCAUUGCAGGUACUCGCGGAUUCUCUCAACAAACAGAUGAAACAAGCUGCAAAGAACGGAAUAUUAUUUAAUCCAAUAAUUGAUCCGAAACUUGCAACAGUUGUCCAUGGAGAUCCACAUAUAUUCGCUCGUGUUGCCUCAAAUUUGGUCUCAAACGCUGUCAAAUUCACUAAAAAAGGGUCAAUAACAAUUUCAGUGUCAUCUGACGAUAACCUUAAACUUAUCAUCGCCGAUACCGGUAUCGGCAUUUCGCAUGAUUUCCAACAGAAAAUUUUCGGAAUUUUCCUGCAGGGAGAUAACUCGAUCACGAGGUCUUACGGUGGAAUAGGUGUCGGUUUGGCUCUCGUAAAUAAAAUGCUUCAAUUGAUAAAUGGUCACAUCACUUUGAAAAGUGACACUGGCAGAGGAACCACUUUUACUAUCACUUUUCCAUAUGAAAGUGAACUUAUACCAUUUAUUCCUAGUACAUUGAAAAACAAGCAACAUCAUCAAAUAUUGAAUUUGGCCGGCCAAAGAGUCUUUCAAAUUUGUCAGCCACAUUGUGAAUUUUUCUGUCAUGCUUUGAUUAGUGAUGUAGAAUUGAUUAAUGAGCAUUUGAGUCUUAUUUUGAUAGAAAACAAAGAAGAAUGUAUCGAACAAGUGAAAGAAAUCAUGAAAAAGUAUCCUGACGUACAAAUUGCGAAUGUUUUGGGUCCUGAAAUUCCUCAGACCGUUUUAAAUAACGUUAUAAAUGUCAGACAAUGGAUUAAAGAUUUGCCAAGGCUGUUCUCUGAUUUGAUUUGGAGAAAGAAGAUAAUGAAAAAGAAAAUGUCAAUAGGAAACCAUUUGAAAGUUCUUUUGGCUGAAGAUAACGCAACAAAUCAAUUAGUUAUGAGAAAAGUUUUCGAAAAAUUGGCAACAGACGCUGUAAUUGUUGAUAACGGUGCUGAUGCUUUGAAAAUGCUGAAUAAUGAGAGAUUUGAUGUUGUAAUACUCGACCAACACAUGCCUGUAAUGGAUGGACCUUCUUGCGCUAGAGCAAUAAGAGAAUCUGGUGAAAAAUGGUCAAAAAUCCCAAUUGUUGCUUUGACUGCAAGUCACUCGAAAGAGGACGAAAACGCGUGUUUGUCUGCUGGAAUGGACUCUUUCUUGACAAAGCCAAUAACUAUUAGAAUGAUUCAAUCUCUUAUAGAGAAAUAUGAAAAAUAA